GCAAUCGCAAUGGCAAUCGAUUGAAUACAUCAUAAGCUAGCGAUCAUAGCCAUGGGAUGCUACACACGAAUUGCACGUGUGUAAGACACAUUGACAAACGCAGCCAGCCUCUGAGACACAGAGAGAGAGAGAGAGAGAGAGAGAGAGAGAUGGAUUCACCGUUCAAGGCAGAGAUACUGAAAGGGAAGGUGGCUCUAAUAACUGGAGGUGGCUCGGGAAUUGGGUUCGAGAUUUCAACGCAGUUUGGUAAACAUGGAGCUUCAAUUGCCAUCAUGGGUCGACGCAAGCAAGUUCUUGACUCUGCUGUCUCUGCUCUCCAUUCUCUUGGAAUUCCGGUGCUCUCUUUGUUUCCUACUUGUCUUAUACAUUUUGCAUUUCUGGAGGCUGUUGGCUUUGAGGGGGAUGUUCGCAAGCAGGAAGAUGCCAAAAAAGUUGUGGACUCAACCUUCAAUCACUUUGGCAGGCUUGACAUUCUUGUGAAUGCUGCAGCUGGAAAUUUUCUUGUGUCAGCAGAGGAUUUGUCUCCUAAUGGAUUUAGAACAGUUAUGGAUAUUGAUUCUGUUGGUACGUUUACAAUGUGCCACGAAGCACUUAAGUAUCUCAAGAAAGGUGGGCCAGGGAGAAGCUCAUCUGGUGGUGGAACAAUUUUGAGCAUUAGUGCUACUUUGCAUUACACUGCGGCUUGGUAUCAAAUUCAUGUAUCUGCAGCUAAGGCUGCUGUGGAUGCCACUACAAGAAACUUGGCACUUGAGUGGGGGACUGACUACGAUAUUAGAGUCAAUGGGAUUGCACCAGGUCCCAUUGGUGAUACUCCUGGCAUGAGUAAACUUGUUCCUGAUGAGAUAAAUAGCAAAGCAAGAGACUACAUGCCUUUGUAUAAACUAGGGGAGAAAUGGGAUAUCGCUAUGGCUGCUCUCUACCUUGUUUCAGAUGCAGGUAAAUACAUAAAUGGAACCACUAUUGCUGUUGAUGGAGGACUUUGGCUAAGCCGGCCUCGCCAUCUACCAAAGGAGGCAGUAAAGCAGCUUUCACGUGCAGUUGAAAAGAGGUCUAGACAGAAACCAGUGGGACUUCCAACCAGCAAGCUGUGAGCCCACAGGAUAAGAAUAUGGUCCUUUGUAGGCUUAUUGUUCCUCUACUUAGCAAAAUUAUAAUAAACUACACUCGAUGCCCUAUAUAAUAUUGAAAUAUUCUCAUCCUGUGUAAUUCAGUCUCGAGUUCCAGACUUGGUUCCAUUGUGGAUGAUAAAAGUUAUUUGCAAAUUCUUUGAAA